AUGUUGAGGAAUGCCGGUAUCGAUGAUGAGCGUCUGGUGGAGCAUUUGAGCGAGCGACGGCGGGAGGACAAGGCUGAUCUUACGAUAGGACUCGGCCAUUCAACACCUUACGAAGAACUAUCCUCCUUCUCCCUUGCCGUCAAGGCCAACUACCUCUUCUACGCCACCCCCGCUUGUCAAACUCUCCCCCCUCUGCAGAUCGAACCCUUCAACGCCCGAGACGCCCGGAACGACUUUGGGCUGCCGUGGAUUAUGAGGGCGCUGGUGGAUGCGCCGGAAGUGAGGGACUUGUUCCCGGGAGAGUUGAGGAAUUUGAAAGAGGCGAUGGUGCAUUGGAAGCUGGUUACGAGGACGUUGAGGGAUAUCAAGCGGCGGCUCGAGCCCAUGGCCGGGCGUCAAUGGCGUCUUCGCCCUCUCCCGAACUCCCUUCGCCCUCUCCCGAACUCCCCCUCCUCCGCCUCGCUCGUCUCCCAAGGCGCCGCCGAUCACCAUAUCGGUACGAGUCCAGUCAAUGGGGAGAAUCUUACUGCAGGUAAGAAGACCCAUCAGGGAAGUAAGCUCUAG